AAAGGCGAAGACGAGUCUCCUUCCUAGCCCCGCCUACGAUGACGCCGCCGCCUUCGCCUCCCCGUCGUCUUUCUCGCGAACAAGAAUUAUCCGUCAUGGUUUCCGCCCUCACGAACGUCGUCACCGGUUCAGUCCCUUCCUCCACCGCCACCGUUGAUUUUUCUUUCGAUUUUCUUACCCAUGCCGUCGGAGCUUCUUCUUCGACUGACGUUGCAGGUGCGAAUAUGGUGGUAGAAGCGAGUGAAGUUAUGGAUAAGUGCCACGUGUGCAAAUUCGACGACUGUUUGGGCUGCAACCUUUUCCCGCCAAUUCAGCAGGAAGACAAAAAGGGCGGAGCAGCCGGGUCCUCUACGACUAUAACUAAACGAGUGAAGAAAAAAUACAGGGGAGUUCGACAAAGGCCGUGGGGAAAAUGGGCGGCGGAGAUCCGAGACCCGCGUCGCGCCGUCCGGGUCUGGCUCGGAACCUUCAACACGGCGGAGGAAGCUGCCCGUGCUUACGAUAAAGCCGCCAUCGAUUUCCGCGGACCCAGAGCUAAACUUAACUUCCCAUUCCCCGAUCUGACCACACCAGUCGCCGCCGCAACAACCGCAGCUGCAACAAGUGUAGCUUUUUCCGAUCUGACAAAUGCGAGCACGGAAAUGGGAUUGGGGACUGAGUUUUGGGAUAGAAUAGGCGAAGACGAGAUUCAACAAUGGAUAAAGAUGACGGAUUUCGAUGUCGAUGUCGAUGACAACAACAAUUCCUCGGAUUCUGCUACCACUACCAGAAACCCUAAUAGUUCUUGAACCAGGUUUGAAUCUACUGUCA